AUGUCUUCUGAACCAUCCUCUGAAAUUGCACCCAAGUCAGAGACCCAGCUCGAGUCUGGAGCGGUGGAGGAAAGCAAUUUUGAGGAUAGCCUUGUGUCCUGGAAUGGAGCGGAUGACCCUAGCAAUCCCCAUAAUUGGGCCAAAAACAAGAGAUGGGCACAUGUCAUUAUUAUCUCAAUAUUGGCUCUCAUCACAAACAUGGCUCCUACGAUGUGUGCGCCGGGUAUCAAAAGCAUCGCUGCUGACCUGAACAUAACAUCCACUGUCGUCAGCACUCUGGCCAUCACUCUGUAUGUGCUGGGGGUCGCCAUUGGACCGUUGUUAAUGGCUCCUCUGAGUGAGAAGUACGGGCGUGUGCCUAUCUACCACAUCGCCAACAUUAUAUUCAUAGCGUUUCUUAUUGGUAAUGCACUGAGCCAGUCUGCUGCCCAAUUCAUGGUUUUCCGAUUCUUCUCUGGAUGUGCGGGUGGCACACCUAUGGCUCUGGGUGGAGGAACCAUCGCGGAUAUCACCACCAUCGAACAACGAGCAAUUUCAAUGGCCUUGUUCAGUAUGGGGCCACUUGCAGGGCCGGUUCUCGGUCCCGUCAUUGGAGGCUUCCUCGCUGCGGGCAAGGGCUGGCGCUGGACCUUUUGGUUACUCGCUAUUCUUGGGGGGUUCUUUGGAAUAGCAGCCGCCAUUAUCAUGCGCGAAACACACCCCAAGGUUAUUCUCGAGCGUAAAGCUGCUCAUCUCCGCGCUACUACAGGUAAUGUCAAUAUACGGUCCAAGCUUGACAAGCCUAUUUCGCCCAGCCAGGUCUUCAUACAAGUCCUUGCCCUUCCCAUCAAGCUUCUUCUUACAUCGCCCAUUUUGCUCGUCAUCUCGCUAUACGUUUCUCUAGUUUUUGGGGUUAUGUACCUCCUGUUCACCACCUUUACUGGCGUUUUUGAAGGCCAGUAUGGGUUCAGCACAUCGAUCUCCGGACUAGUAUACUUAGGUUUAGGAGUUGCUCUAUUCGCAAGCAUGUUCAUUUUCAACAUGCUUAAUGGUAGUGUCCAAGCUGCGCGCAUGAAGGCGGAAGGCGUGAAAAAACCACGACCGGAACAUCGAUUAAUAUUAAUGAUCUGGUUCAGCCCCUGCGUGGGUCUAGGGUUGUUUGUCUACGGCUGGACGGCCUACUACAAAGUCCAUUGGAUUGUACCCAUCAUUGGCACAGCUUUGAUGGGGUUUGGUGCCUUUUUUGUCAUUAUGCCUGCGCAGCUUUAUCUCAUCGAUGUGUUUGGCUCUGAGGCCGCUGCAUCCGCCCUGGGUGCCAAUAACCUCUUGCGAUAUAUUUCAAGUACAUUUCUACCGCUAGCAGGGCCGAAAAUGUACCAAGCUCUCAAUUAUGGCUGGGGGAAUAGUUUACUGGGAUUUCUCGCUCUGGCUUUUGUCCCGGGGCCUCUCCUGUUCUACAAGUAUGGAGAACGGCUACGUACCAAGGCAGCUACCCAAUCUUCGGGUUGA